GGCCGUAACACUGUGCUCUCCGACCAAACUCUCCACGUGAAACGUCAUGGUAGUCCCCGUGAGGUUACCGGAUCAUUAUUUUUCGGAUGAGUGGACGUCGAGUUCGCCGCACGAAGCGACCACACCUUUUACUUCGGAUGAGUUAGCAGUGACGGCGACAACUUUGUUCGACGCGGGGCUCACGGAAGAUGAGUGUAUCCGCCUACGGGACGAACAGUUGCAAGUUAGAGGUUCUUCAAAGAUCCUCCAGUGCGAGAUAGUCUGGGAUUCCUUCACCUGCUGGCCCGCGACAGAGCUCGGCAAAGUGGUCCGCAAGCCAUGCUCCGACAUCCUAGCGACGCUCAACGUCACACUCGAUUUGAAGCGCGCCGCUCAGAGCGAAGGUAUGUAUGCUUACCGGGCAUGCGGCACAAACGGUGAUUGGCUAUGGGGCAACUGGACCAACUACACAGACUGCGUUGGCCUUAUCAAACACCAGACUUCAGGAAUGUCCCACGUGUCGCUCGCUGUCACUUACAUCUUCAUCAUCUUCUCUUUCGUAUCUCUCGUCUUUCUCUCAGCGUCUGUUUUCAUCUUCUGCUACUUCAGAUCUCUUCAAUGCUCACGCACCAGGGUGCACCAGAACCUUGUUCUUGCGCUGAUGAUCCAUUCAGUGAUGGUAGUGGUGCUUUAUCUUCCAAUUGUUCUUCAUUCUGACGAGCCAACUCCAUUCGCACCUAUCCGUUGGCUGUGCAAGAGCAUCCUGUCAUUGAAGAUGUACGCCGAGAUGGCCUCCAUCAACUGGAUGUUUGUCGAAGGGCUGCUGCUACACUCACGGAUAACCAUCUGUAUAUUUCGACAGGACGCCCCUUUCAAGCUGUACUACGCCAUAGGAUGGGGGCUACCCAUGGUGUUCGUCAUAGCAUGGGCUUACAUGAUGCAGCAGCAGCUGGGCACGGCAUGCUGGGAAGGAUACGGAGCCAACCAGUACGUCUGGCUCCUGAUUGGACCCCGCCUUGUUGCUCUAUUAGUGAACUUCGUGUUCCUGGUGAACAUAAUACGGAUCCUCGUAACCAGGGUGCGUUCAGCGGUGUCUGUGGAGACUACGCAGUUUCAAAAAGCUAUAAAAGCAACAGUACUGUUGUUUCCCUUGCUGGGAAUUACGCACCUCUUGUUCUGUAUCAAUCCAAAAGAUGAAGACCUGGGUCUUCAAGAAGCCUACAUGAUCAUCAAUGCUAUCCUCCAAUCGUCACAGGGUAUUUUCGUGUCAGUUCUCUACUGCUUCAUGAACUCAGAGGUCCAAACGGCGGUACGAAACGCCUACCUGCGGGCAGCCAUUCGGCGGAAUCCAAACGACCGUUCCUUUUUCGUAUGAAGAUGACCGGACAGCGAGGCCAUUAUCUUCGCUGGAAGAGUAUCUCAUACACGGCUUCCUUCAGAUGCACAUGUUACGUCAGUGUGACCCUGUUUAGACUUCCAGGAAGUUUUUCGUUUUAAUUAUCAGCGGCAAAAAGAGCAGUUCCCUGUGCGUCAACGCAGUGGAAUUGUAAAUACGUAGGUCAUCAUCAUCAUCAUCAUCGUGAUCGACAGAAGAGGCUUGGUUGCCUCUGGUAACAACACAGUGUAACUAUACGCACUAUAAUGAUGUUGAUGAAAAAAAUAUUCACUGUAUCCGCACUAUAAUAUUCGUGUGGUUUCACCGCGAUUGCGACUUAAUUUGUUUUCUAAAUUGAUCGCGCGCUGGCUGCAACAAAUCUGUAUCGGUGGAACUAUCACACAUAUAGCGACUCAGGUAACACGCGAAUUCGCAGGAAUUAAAAAAAAUAAAUAAAUACCGUGGAUGUACCCAAUUAGCCACAUAUGAACUCACUUUUCAAUGCAUCGUACUACAUUCGUCAACAAAAUCAUAUAAGCAUCUUGCAGAUCAUGCAGAAAGCGAUAUAAAAAAACUAGGAUAACACAUUUCCUUAGUAAAUGGACUACGCUUGCAAAAACAUUUCGCUUGCACGCCGAACGAGUGACCCGGCUAUACUUCACAACAACAAAAAGUCCUCACAACGUACUUGAAACGCACUGUAUGCUCAGCCGACCAUGGCGGCAACAAAAUGUGCUCGAGCGAAUAUACAACUAACUUGCUACGACGUAGCUACCAUUAUUAUUCGACGUUCAAAAGCGUUUCGAAUUUAAAGCCGCAUAAUUAGAAAACCGCGUGUCAUAUUUCGGCAUUGCUUAUGAGGUAAAUGAGAAAAGGGCAUUAAAAUGUGCGUUACAUUAGCGAGGUUUUAUAAGCGAAGGACAGGCUAAGUGCUUCGUCGCCCUGAUUUAUACUGACAGGGAAUAACAUCACUUUGAUUUUAACGAGGCGUGCUAGCUGAUUAAGCAUUCAAUGGCGUCUGCGGUUCCCAGGAGGAAUAAUGUGGCACACGCCAUCCUUUACAAUGUUUUUACAGUGCUUUACAAUGUUACACGCGUCUACUACUUUUUUUUCUGUUUGUGUCCUCGUAACCAAUACAAAGUUUAGAACUUUAUUUUUUGUUUCGUUAAAUUUUCUGGUGGCUCAAAUGAGAAAUGAGUUCGGUGCAUGUGGGUACGUGGUCUGCAGGACUUACAAUGUAGUUUUCAUAAGCUCCAUGGUAAAAAAACCCUGAGCUACGGCAAAAAAAGAAAAAAAGAAAGAAAGAAAGAAAGGAGGGACGAAACAUGGCAGCCCCUUGUUGUUUGUUUCGCUGUUUGUCGCAAAAGCUCAGGGUUUCCUCAUCAUGAAACUUAUGUGCCAACCCGAGUGUAUACCAAUUUACUAGUCAUGACAGCAUACUAUAUCAUAACGCUUUGAGUACAUUAAUGCGUAUACUAUCAACCGUAAGGUGUUGUAACGUGAAAUCUCCGCCACGGGAUGUCGACAUUAUUUCUGGCGACAACUGCUUGGAACAAACUUACAUAUUUGUUACGCACCUUCGUUACUCGUUAACAUAUAUUUGUUGCACAAAUCGGGGAUUUUCCCAGCACUACUCAGACAUCCCUAAUCAUCCAAAAGUCUUAAAACACCCGCCAAAAUGUCGAAAAGAACAGCAGAUACGGGUGUCCCACAUCAGUACGGAAUUCUAGAGCACCCCCCUUCCCUACGAGAUGAAAAUUCUGCGAAAAUCCCUGACACGUAUUUUCUUACAUGUGUUGAGAAUGAAUGCACUGAGGGAAGACCGGAUCGUACCUGCUGUAGUACUCGCAUGUGCUCCGCACGUGCAAUGUUGUCUAUGUAAAUAUCGAAAGAUUGUAUAGAUAUGGCAUGUUCCGCAGUGCAUCACUGCAGAUGAGAUACUCGUCAUAUUUUGGACCAUAUUUUCUACGUAUACGAAGGUGGUUUGUAUAUAGAGUGUUAGGCGCCUGUGGCAGCUGCGUACAGAUUUUCUGUCGGCAAGUUUAAGUAAUACCCUCUCCUGCCCUUUACUUUCCGCUGCACGCUACAGAAGAAAACAAAAAUGAGCCCUGACGGUACAAUUUCUACCGCUACUCUUAAUGAUGGUGUAGAUAUUAUGGUGCCGUGUUGUGCUACCUGCGUGUAAAUACGUCUUAGCAUGUCAACUUGUCAGAAUUCACAGAAGCAGCAGUAUUGCUCUCGGAGGUGCUGCUCGGAGUGUGUUGUACCGAAUUUUUGUUGAGGGUGCCUAUAAUAAAAACACGUUUCAUACGA